GAUUCUCAUUCCAUUUGGUAUAUUUUGAAUCUUUUGUUUGCUCAUUGUUUGCCAUUCUUAUUUUUUGUUGGGAAUACACUUUGACUUGAUUGAAUUUGAAGGUUGAAGAAAAGGUUGCUUAUCUGUUAUAGCUAAUGGGGUUGUCUUUUUCUUGGCCAUAUGCAAAUAUGAACGACAUAGAUGAUCACAUCGAAUCUAUAAUAUCUAAAUCAUUAAGCUUCAAAGAAAAUGAUGUGAGAAAGGUGUUGAGAUCCUUCAGUUUUGACGACUGCCGUUCGUCUAAGCUUGCAAAGAAGAGGUCAUUUAAGUCGAAGAUGAUGAUUCGAGGGUCUAUAAGCUUUAAUGAUAGAGAGCUCAACAGAGUUUCAACCUUCAAAAGUUCGUCGAUCGAAGUAUAUCACACACCUUCAAGAACCCCCGAAAUUCCAUUACCAGAACCUAAACCUAAGAUGAUUGAAUCUCUAGUCUCUGACCCUGAAACGCUUGGGCCCGAGUCACCAUCUGCUAAGCCACUUAUGAACCGUGAUUUGGCUGCAAUUAAGCUGCAGAAAACAUAUAAAAGUUUUAGAACGAGAAGACAGCUAGCUGACUGUGCAGUCUUAGUUGAGCAAAGAUGGUGGAAGCUGUUAGAUUUUGCCCAGUUGAGAUGUAGUUCGGUAUCAUUCUUUGAAGUUGAGAAACCAGAAACUGCUGUUUCACGUUGGUCAAGAGCAAGAACCCGAGCUGCUAAGGUGGGAAAAGGCUUGUUAAAAAACGAAAAGGCUCGCAAACUUGCCUUACAACAUUGGCUCGAGGCAAUUGAUCCUCGACACCGCUAUGGUCAUAAUCUGCAGUUUUAUUAUGCCAGUUGGCUUCUUUGUGAGAGUAGACAACCUUUUUUCUAUUGGCUUGACAUUGGGGACGGGAAAGAGGUGAAUCUUGAAAGAUGCCCACGGACAAAGCUUCUUCAGCAAUGCAUCAAGUAUCUUGGACCCACAGAACGAGAGGCGUAUGAAGUUAUUGUGGAGGAUGGGAAGUUUAUGUACAAACUGAGCAGGACCGUGAUUGAUACAAGCGGUACAUCAGAUGAUACCAAGUGGAUAUUUGUGCUUAGCACAUCAAUGGUUCUGUAUGUUGGGACGAAACAGAAAGGAAAAUUUCAGCAUUCAAGUUUUCUAGCUGGAGGAGCUACAAUAUCUGCUGGCAGGGUGGUGAUUAUAGACGGUGUCCUAAAGGCAGUUUGGCCUCAUAGCGGACAUUAUCUCCCGACAAAAGAAAACUUCGAUGCUUUCAUAUCGUUCCUUGAGCAACACAAUGUCGAUCUCAAUACUGUCAAGAAAAGCUCAGAUGAUGAGGACGAAAUUCCCUUUGAAGUGGCGGGAUUUGGAAUGCGAAAUAGUGUAUCUGAACCUAUUAUUUUUGGAGGUUCAGUAGAAACUACGAACACCAAAAGCUACCACCGGAAGAACUCCAGAAAGGAUCGAAGUAGCCGAUUUCUGCAUUUGUCAUCCGAUUUGAAGUCAAAGAUUACUGCACUUGAAAUUCCACAAAAUGAAAAACUUAUUUUGGCAUUCCAGAAAAAAGCUCAAGAAGCUGAAGCCGAAUCUGAACCAGAUUGUGAACCAGAAUCUGACUCUGAUAGCACCACCGAUUAUGAUACAGCAGAAGAGUUUUUCUCCGAUUUUGAACUUUUGGUUUCCAAAAGGAAUCUGUUUGAUUACGGUGAACAAGAUGAAGCCGAUAAUGAAUCCGUCCCACAGGAGAAAAUCUUGAAGAGGAUAAACUCCCAUAAAGAAAUCAAAUCUUUUCAGUUGGCUACGCAACUUAGUUGCAAGUGGACAACUGGAGCUGGGCCCCGUAUCGGAUGUGUUCGAGAUUACCCUGUGGAGCUACAAGCCCUUGCGAUGGAGGAAAUGUGCUUGUCACCAAGAAGUCCUACGACUAUGUCUCCUCGAAAGUUUGGUUGUGCCAACAUUUUACUUCAAGAAACAAGUAGUCCAUCAAAGAAAACUUAUGAAAAAAGUCCUUUGAAUCAGUCUUAGAAAUCAGAUUGGCUUUUUCAGAAAAUCAAAGUUGGUUUUGUAGAAAAGGAGUAAAGAUGGGAAGUAUUCUUUUUGUAAUCUUUUUUUUUUAGUCUUGCAAAAAAUAGCAAUGCCAUGAAUCUUUGAAAUUAGAUGGAGUUUUCAAAAAAGCUUUGGAACUCCACUUGUUUUUUUUAGGAACAAGGCAAGCUUGAUUGCAGGAUACCUUUAAAGUACUUUGUUGGUCUUUAUUAAAAAGUACUCGUAUUCGCCAUGAA